AUGUCUGGUAUUUCAGACACGUCAGCAACUGACUUAAAUUUAAAUUUAAUACCAAACUAGGACAAAUAAAAUAAUAAUAUCAAUGCUUAAGAUCCAAUAACAGAUGAUAAAUCAGGGAAAAAAAAAAGAAACAAAAAUAAUAAAUCUAAAAAAGAUGGCAAUAACGCUAAUGGAUAAGGCGUUGAUAAUUCAAAUUAAGAAAGGCUUGCUAAAAAUUUAGAGGUAAUUAAAUAAGGUGAUCUUGAUGUAUUUCCUCCAGAUUUUAAAUUAGCUGAAAAGCAUUAAAAAGUACUAAGAUUGUAUUAUGAUGAAGAGACAGAAAAUAAUGAUGAAUAAACAAACUUAAAUUAAACAAAAAACUCAGAUCUAGAGAAUCAAAAUCAAAACAAACAGCAAGAUUAAGUUGCCAAAAACAAUGAUGAUGAUGACGACAAGCAGUGUAGCUGUUGUGGAAGAUUAAAAAUAGAUUUUAAACUCUAAUUAAAAUCUGAUAUUAUUGAUUUUUCAUUUUUAGGCCCUGCAUAUCCUCUCUUUUUUAGUUUCCUUAAAAUGAUUUAUAUCCUAAUAUUAAUUAUAUUUGCAACUAGCGGAUUAGUCAAUAUAAUUACAAAUGCAAGAAGUGGAAAUUCUUGCUAAGAUGGAGCUAAAGCUUUAUAAUAAUUAAUUGAUUAAGGCUAUACGCUUUCAGCAGCAAAAAAAUAAAUUUAAAAUACUUGCUAGUUGAAUUGGAUAUCACAAUUUACACUAGGUAAUAGAAGAAAUGAUGAAAAAAGUUUAUUAAUUUAAGAGUAUUUAAAUUUAUUCACAAUCUUAGCUCUGAUUGUGUUUAUUCAGUAUAUGGAAAUAAACUUCAGAAUUUAAUCAUUCAGAAUAGAUAUUAAAACUACUACGCCAAACGAUUACACUGUUUUUAUAACUUAGAUUCAAAAGAAAAUGGAUCUUUUAAAACCAAAAAAGUAAAAUAAUGCCGAUAAUACUGAUAAAAAGGAUAAUAAUGCUAUAGUUAAAAAGGAAUUUUAUUUAAGCUAUAAAGAAUGCUUUGAAGAAUAUCUAAAAGAAAAAUUUUAAACUGAAGGCAAAAUUUUCAGAUUGUCUUUUUGCUUUAACUUAGAUGAGUUAAAUUAGCACACAGAAGAUAGAGUUAAGCUCUUAAGAGAGAUCGAACAAUUAAAUAAUAGAUUAAAAGAGAUUGGAUAUCCUAGAGAUGAUAAAGGUAUUGAAAAAAAAUAGAAAAUUAUUGAUGAAAUCGAAGACAAAAAAUAUGAAGAAACAAGAAAAAUUACUAGAAUAAGUGAAAUAUAAAAUAAGUGCUAUAACAGUUUUGUGGGAGAGGAUGAAGAUUAAGAAUUUAUGAGAUAUAAUUUUAUUGGAUAAGCUUUUUUAUCAUUUAAUAAUUAAAAAGACUUAUAGGAAUUUCUUAAGAAAACAAAAAAAAUGGACAAAAAGGAUUUAAAAUUUUAAGGAAAACUUCUACAAUUCGAGUAAGCACCUGAUCCAACUGAUAUUUGCUGGAGUAAUCUUUAUACAACAAAAACUGUAAGAAAGUUGAGAAUAGGUUUUGGGUUCUUUAUGAACAUUGCCCUUAUUGUCUUAGCUGGUAUGGCAAUAUAUGGACUUGCAGACGUUCAGUAUUCCUACACUAAGUCUAAUUCGAUUGAACCUAAUAAUUAUGAAAAAUUUAUUAUAUAAAUAAUCUCACUUGGUAUCUCAAUUUUUAUUACUGUAAUUAAUGAAGUUCUAGUUAGAUUAGUCGAAAAAAUAAAUUAACUCAAAAAGUUUAGAAUGAAAACAAGCGAGUAGACAUCUUUCAUGAUUAUUCUUUGCUUAACUUAGUUCUUUAAUUCUACAGUUAUUCCUUUGCUUUUGCUCAUAAUGGUAUCUUCCGCAGAUUCAUAUUAUUCCAUUCUAUACAGUCCAACUGGAUUAAUUCUUAACUAAAAUUCGAUUUUUAUGACAAAUGCCUUUUUGCCCAUCUUAAUGACUUUUAUUUUUGACCCUUCUUACAGAUGGAAGUAAUUUAAUAGAAACAGAUAAAAAAAACUGGGAGAAUAAAAUAAAUGUACUUAUACAUAAAGGGAAGCUUAAGAAUUGUUUUAAGAUCCUGAGUUUUAAUUGUCUGUUCAGUAUGCAACUACAUUAAAAUCAAUAUUUAUGAUGUUUUUCUAUACUUCAGUUAUGCCCCUAUGCUUAAUGUGGUCUUUUAUUGCUCUAGCAAUACAAUAUGUUAUAGCUAAAUAUUUGCUAAUUUAUAGAAGAGUUGUAUUAGUCAGUUUCGGAACAAAGUUAUCUUAAAGCUCUUUGAUUAUUUUAAAAAUUGGUUUGAUAAUAUAUUCUUCUACAGCUUUUCUAUUUUUUAAGCUAUCUAAUAGUUUAGAUAGACCUUAUGUCCCUUCAAUUAUAGGAAUAGUUCUCUCAGUAAUAAAUUUUGCCAUACCUUUAGAGUUUAUUAGUGAAAAAUUAUUCAAGAUUGAUGAAGAUUAAAUUUAUGAUGAAGAGGAAAUUGAUAAAAAUAAAACUUUAAGUUACGAAGAGGCCAUUGUAAAGGAAUUCUCAACUGAUUAUGCUAUUGAAAACCCAGCUUUGAAAAGAAAAUUGCUUAUUUCUGAUGAAUACAAAAUUGAUAGAAAAAGUAUUCAAAAAUUAAAAAUACGUGGAAAAAAAAAAGUUAAAAGAAACUAAAAAAAUGCAAUCGAAGAGAACUGUAAAUUAUUAGAUUAAGGUGAAAAAAUAAAUAUUUAUGAUUAGAGUAAUCAAAAUAUUUAAUAGGAUAAUAAUAUCGCUCUAAAGCAAAAUAAUUUGGUAAGUUAAAAUAUUGUAGGAAUUAACUAGCAUCAAGUAAAUGAAAAUACAGAUUAAUUUUAAGUAUCUUAUAAUUCAAAACUAGUGAAUUUAGAUAUAAAAUUAAAGGAAGUGUAAACUUCCAUAGAAAUGGUAAGUUAUGCCUCAAUACAAAAUAAAAAUAAACAGGAAGAGAUUGAGGCUUAUAAAGAAAAUAUAAAAAAACUAUCAGUGUCUAUGUCUUUAUUAUAAAAAUAAAACAAGAAACAAUAGCAAAUUAUUAAACAAAAGAAUCUAUAGUAUGAAGACUAAAAAAAUAUAAAAUUAAAUGAUGAAUUAUUUAUAUAAGCCCAUUAGAAGUUACAAAAUUAUAGAAAACACUUUAAUAUUACUAAUUAUAUGGAUGAAAAUAUCAACAAAAUAAUUACAUUUUGUGAAUAAUCUAACAAUUCACAAUAUGAUUCUAAUAAUAUAAAAAAUUAAAUAGAUUAGCUAUUUGAUUAUCAAGACUGGUUAUAUAAGCAUUUUAUUAACCUCGAUAAAGAAAUCUACUAGAGCUAAGGAGAGUCUCAAUAGAAUUUUAAUUUAAUAAGCUAGUCAGAUGAGUUGAUUAAAAAAUUAAGAGAUAAAAAAAUUGGUAUAUUAAAUAUAAUUUCGUAACAUUAAGAUUAUUAUUGUUGA